AUGCAGAGGGAGGGCGUGACGGCUUCAGCCCCGCCCCCGGGCCCUGAUUGGCCUGCAUCUUGCGGCGCGGGCGGCCGCAGCCGGGGCGAGGGAGGGGGCGCGGAACAAGGCGCUGACUGUCUUCCAUCCACCCCUUCUCGGCGCCCCCUCGGCAUCCGCGAAAACCCGGAGAAGAAGGGGAGCGCGGGCUCUCCCCGAGGCCCGCCGGGACGCGGCGCUUGCUGGCGCUCGUGGGCCUUCGGGUUGCUCGGUGCUGCGCGGGGCAGCGAACGGGGAAGCCCCGGCGGCCGGACGAGCAGGGGCGGCGCGGGAGGCCAGCCGGGCGUGCGGGCGCAGUCCCGGGGAGCGGUGGGCAGAGGGGGGACGCCAGAGGGGCUCAUCGCGGGGCACACAUUUUGCACUUUGCUAAAUGGAGGGGUCAAAAUGCCAAGACAGGAAAGAGCCAACCCGGUGCCGAGAGAUUCGAGACGCUGGGUCACCCCUCGGAGCCACAAACAGAUCGUGAAAUUUUCAGAAAGGAGUACAGAGCCUCGAAGAAACUUGUUGGCUGUAUGGAAUGGGAUCAAUCUGCUUUAG